AUGCAAGACGGGCGAAGAUGUGAUGGUUCAAGUAUCGAUGAAUUCAACAACCGAAAAGUCUAUCCUUUAUUGCAAAAGCUCUUGAAAAAAGAUUUUUUCCGAUUUUACAAGGUGAACAUGGAGAAGAAGUGUCCAUUUUGGGUGGAUGAACGUGAAUGUGCAUCAAAAGAAUGUGGUAUUGGCUAUUGUGAUGAUGAAGUACCAUUAGCUUUAAAACAGCCAGCGAGUAUCUCCGUGGUUCGUUUAUCAUCCACUACCAAUAAUAAGACGUCGACUAAGACUUUUGAUAAUCAGCAGAUUCAAACCAAAUGUGAUGAGUCGGGUAAUAAAUUCGAUCCACUGGAUAUGACAUUAUCCGAGGAUGAUAAACAACAACUUAAUCAUAUGGAUUUACAUGAUGACAACGAAAAUAAAUUCUGCGAUUUUGAAGAUGAGGAUUCAGAAGUUAUGCAUUAUGUUGAUCUGUUACGUAAUCCGGAGCGGUAUACUGGUUACAAAGGGAAUAGUGCACAAAAAGUAUGGCAGUGCAUCUAUCUAGAGAAUUGUUUCAAGCCCAAUAUGAAGUUUGACAAGAACUUUCUUAUUCAUCCGAAUUCCAUUGGAUUAUGUCUGGAAAAGCGCGUCUUCUAUUGGUUAAUUUCUGGUCUCCAUUCAGCAAUUACAAUUUCGAUUGCUUCAAAUAAUUUCAAACCAGCACCAUUUGGUCGAGUGGGUGAAGGUGAAUGGUUCAGAAAUGUGAAAAUGUUCAGUGAUCGUUUCGGUACGAAAUGGACAUCUGAAGGGCCGCAACGUCUCAAGAACGUUUACUUUGUUUAUUUACUUGAAUUGAGAGCAUUGGUUAAAGUGACACCUUAUCUGCUCAAUGAAUUAUUUUAUACCGGUGUUGAAGAGUUUAGGGGCUACACCGAGCAAAUAGAGGUUGAUUCAGACACGAGGGCAACCAUUCAGGAAUUGAUGAAAACUCUCAAGGAGUUCCCUCAUCCGUUCGAUGAAACCGAAAUGUUUACUGGUGUUGAAGCACAAGCUCGUGAAUUGCGUGAAGAAUUUCGAUUGCACUUUCACAACAUCUCACGCAUUAUGGACUGCGUUGGUUGUGAUAAGUGCCGUUUGUGGGGUAAGUUGCAAGUUCAAGGAAUGGGCACUGCAUUAAAGAUUCUAUUCUCUGAUCUACCAACGUCACAUUUUCUUUCACCGGACGGUGUAGUACGUGCUCCUUUCCAAUUGACUAGAAACGAAGUGGUCUCACUGUUCCAAAGUUUCGGUCGAUAUGCAUCAGGCAUUCGAGAAGUAGACGAAUUCCGUCGGGUAUUAGUCCACUGA